AUGAUGAAAGAAGAGAACUUGUUUGCUUCACAAGGCGGUCCUAUCAUCCUAGCUCAGAUCGAGAACGAGUAUGGGAACGUGAUCUCAUCGUACGGAGCAGAGGGAAAAGCCUACAUUGAUUGGUGUGCCAACAUGGCUAACUCUCUAGACAUCGGUGUUCCAUGGCUUAUGUGCCAACAACCCAACGCUCCUGAGCCUAUGAUCGAGACGUGCAAUGGAUUCUACUGUGACCAAUACAAACCGACCAACCCAAGUAGCCCAAAGAUGUGGACAGAGAAUUGGACCGGCUGGUACAAGAACUGGGGAGGCAAACAUCCUUAUAGAACCGCUGAGGAUCUUGCUUAUUCCGUUGCUAGAUUUUUCCAAACUGGUGGAACUUUCCAGAACUACUACAUGUAUCAUGGUGGUACUAACUUUGGAAGAGUCGCUGGAGGUCCAUACAUUACCACUUCAUAUGAUUACCAUGCUCCUCUUGAUGAAUACGGUAACUUGAACCAGCCGAAAUGGGGUCACUUGAAACAGUUACACACACUGUUGAAAUCGAUGGAGAAACCUCUAACUUACGGCAAUAUCUCAACGAUCGAUCUUGGCAAUUCCGUCACGGCGACGGUUUACUCAACAAAGGAAAGAUCGAGUUGCUUCAUCGGUAACGUGAACGCAACUGCGGAUGCUUUCGUCAACUUCAAAGGGAAAAACUACAACGUACCGGCUUGGUCCGUGAGUGUUCUUCCUGAUUGCAAUAAAGAUGCUUACAACACUGCAAGAGUGAACACUCAAACGUCGAUCAUGACCGAAGACUCUCGUCCUGAGCCAGAGAAGCUGAAAUGGACUUGGAAACCGGAAUUCGCUAGGAAGGCGAUUCUUAAAGGCAGUGGAGACCGCAUUUCCAAGGGUCUUGUAGACCAAAAAGACGUUACAAAUGAUGCUACUGACUAUCUUUGGUACAUGACUAGGCUUCAUGUAGACAAGAAAGAUCCAAUUUGGAGCCGAAACAUGACGUUACGGGUUCACAGCAAUGCACAUGUUCUUCACGCUUACGUCAAUGGAAAAUACGUCGGUCACCAAAUCGUGAAGGAUAACAAUUUCGACUACAGAUUUGAGAAGAAAGUCAACCUCGUUCACGGAACUAAUCACAUUUCACUUCUCAGCGUUUCCGUUGGACUAAAGAUUAAUGGACCUUUCUUUCCGAGCAGUCCAACUGGAAUCAAUGGUCCUGUGAAACUAGUCGGAUACAAUGGAGAGGAAACGGUCGAGAAAGAUCUAUCGGAGCAUCAAUGGGACUACAAGAUUGGUUUGAAUGGAUUCAACCACAAACUUUUCAGCACAAAAUCCAUUGGUCACCACCACACCAAAACCGUUGGUCACCACAUCAAAUGGUCAAACGAAAAGCUUCCUGCUGAUCGGAUGUUGACAUGGUACAAGGCAAAGUUCAAGGCUCCUCUUGGUAAAGAUCCAGUGAUUGUGGACUUGAAUGGUCUUGGGAAAGGAGAGGCUUGGAUCAAUGGUCAGAGCAUCGGACGUUACUGGCCAAGCUUUAACUCUAGUGAUGACGGUUGCACUGACGACGAAUGUGACUACCGUGGGGAGUAUGGUAGCGACAAAUGCGCUUUUAUGUGCGGCAAACCAACUCAAAGAUGGUACCAUGUACCGAGGUCGUUCUUGAAGGAGAGCGGACACAACACUAUCACUCUAUUCGAAGAAAUGGGCGGUGACCCGUCAAAUGUGAAAUUCAAGACGGUUGUGGUCGGAACGGCUUGUGUCAGGGGUCAUGAGCACAACAAAGUGGAGUUGUCUUGCAAGGACCGGCCGAUCUCAGCCGUCAAAUUCGCGAGCUUUGGAAAUCCUUCGGGACAUUGUGGGGCUUUUGCAGUUGGUACGUGCCAAGGAGCCAAGGAUGCUGCAAAGGUUGUGGCUCAAGAAUGUGUAGGGAAACUCAACUGCACUAUGGAUGUGUCUUCCCACAAGUUUGGAUCUACUUUGGACUGUGAAGGUUUCCCUAAAAGACUGUUUGUUGAACUUGAGUGCUAG